AUGGACGGGGCUAGUGCAGAUGACGGGGAUGGCGCUCCGCCGACGCAGGAGCGCCAUUCUCUGAACCCGCUUGGGUGGAUAGAGGAGGUGCGCGACGCGAGCCAGCCAAACGCCGUCCUUCUCAAUGUUUACGAUGUGGACGGCAGCAGCACGCUCCUGUGCUCCAUUGGGUGGGGCGCGCAUCAUGUCGGCGUGCAGGUGUACAGCAAGGAGUACCAGUAUGGUCAUCGCCCCAUCGGCAAAGGCAUCGGCAGUGUCAAGCCUCGCCACUCGCCUCCGCACACGUACCGGGAGCAGUUCUUCCUCGGUCAGACGCGGCUGAGCGCGUCCGAGGUGGAGAAGCUGGUGGUGGCCUUCUCGGACAAGGUGGAGUGGCUGGGCAACAACUACCAUCUCGUGAAACACAACUGCAUCGACUUCGCUCGAGCAUUUUGCGAGGCGCUCCUGCCGCCCGCAGUACGCGUGGAGCAGGCGCGACGGGUGGAGGAGGCGGGACUGUCGCAGAAGAUGCACAUGGUGGAGGUCGAGGUGGACGGAAUGCGGCACUCGGUGCCGGUGCUCAUACCGCGCCACGUCGACCGGCUAGCGCGGUAUGCAGCGCACUACCUGCCGAAAUCUUCCAUGCGGAACUUCGACCGACUUGAAAGCUCGUUCUUCAGCAUGUCUGAGGUGCCCCCGGAGCGAGAGCAGCCCACCGCUGCGGAUCCCAAUGCGAAUCGAAGCACAACCCCAGCACCGCAGCCCCACACCCGCACAGGUCUUUAG